UCAAUAAUAAACUUUUCGUCACUGUCACUUUUAGGUUAGAAUUUACCAUAUUGAUUAUUUAAGUGUGCAUGUGUUUAUAUAAAAUAAACUAAACAAUAAUGGAAGAAAUAGAAGAUGUAGUAGACUUUGUAUCCUCUGAACAUGAUCGUUUAUUAAGUGCGGUUACUAAAUUAGACAAAACUCAACAUAUAACUGUACCUACACGUAACGAACCAACGAAUACCAAUUCCGAGUUCAAUUUAAUCAAAAGAUCAAAUAAACUUGACUUAAAGAAUGUAGUGAAAGUAUUGGAAGAGACACCACAAAACUUGAAAAUAAGCAGAAAGCUGACCGAAAGUCAAAACCAUUCUAAAAUUCUACCUAAGCCGAUAGAGAAACCGCAGGCAGAACGUAUUAAAAGAAGCACAGGUUAUGAACAAACGAAACACAAAAUUGGAAGAUGGGAUCCGGUCGUUGCUCGAAAUCGAACUGUAGAUUUUGUGUCAUUCCCUCUAAAGCAUGUUAGUUCUAAACUUCAACCAACACAUGAGUUUUUAUCUAAGUUAAAAUUAAAGUCACCCCUUGAAAAAGAAUUGGAUGAAGUGGACCCACCUGCCCCUGAGAUUCCCGAAGAGGAGGAGAAACCUGAGUACCCAAUGUCAUAUGAAGAAAUGCUUGAACACAGGCAGCAGCUGGCAAAGUUACGAGCUCAGCAAUCAUACAAAGCAGCUAAAGCUAAAAGGCAGAGUAAAAUUAAGAGCAAGAAGUUUCAUCGCAUAUUGAAAAAAGACAAAUUGAAGAAACAGCUAAAGGAGUUUGAAGAACUGCAAAGUAAGGAUCCAGAAGAAGCACUAAAGAGACUUGAAUCACUUGAGAAGGCUCGAGCAUUAGAACGGCACACACUUAGACAUAAAAGCACAGGCAAAUGGGCUAAAAGUAAAUUGAUAAGAGCCAAGUAUGAUAAAGAGGUGAGGCAACAGUUAGCUGAGCAAUUAGCAGUCAGCAAAUCUCUUACCCAUAAAACAGUUGAUGAAGAAAGUUCGGAUGAUGACGAUGAAAACAAACAAGAAAUUCCAGACUUAACUUUAUCACAAGAUCCAACAAACCCAUGGAUGAUGAAAAGAUCCGAUAAAGAUAAUGUGGAUUCCGAGUUUGAUUUUGGAUAUAAAAAAUAUCUGAAAGACAAAAUGUUAAAACGAAAAGAAAUGAGUGAUUCUGAAUCUGACAAUGAAAAUGCAGAGAAUACCACUAAAACUAAUGGUGUAUUAAACAUUUUAAAGAAGAGUGUUAGUAAUUUAAGUGAUAAAGUAUCUGAAACACAAGAUGAGACUACAAAUAACAUAGUCAAUGAUCAACCUAAAAGAAAAAAGAGUAAAUCAUCAAAAACAACAAAACUAUUAAACAAACCUGAACAGGUAUCAGAAAACACUGUUAUAGUUGCUACAAAUUCAAAUUGGAAUGUUGAAUUUGUAAAUAUAUGUGAAGGAAAAGCAUCAGAGGAUAUUUCUAAUAUUUUUGAAUCAUUUGAAAACAAGGUUGUUAACGAGGUCACUAAAAAAUUAAAAAAACUAAAGAAAGAUAUCGAUAAAACAAAAAAAGAACCCAAACUUCGUAAAGAAAGAGAUACUGGUAAAUCACAAGAAGCAUAUGGUGUUGAUUAUUACGAAUUUAAAAAAACAAAUAAAAAACCAGUAAUUGAUGAACCAUUACUUGAGACUGAUGGUAAAACAAAUGUUGCUGAUAAUGAACCAAAAUCUUUAACUAAGAUAUUGACAUCUAAUGAAACACAAGAGAAUACUAAUGCAAAUAUUGAUCCUAGCAGAUUCAUUGUAGUCAAACCUAAAUAUUUGAACACUGCAUUACCAAAAGAUGUAAAUGAAUAUGAUGAGUUAGAUGAUGAUGAGCAAGUUGUUCCAAGAAUCGAUAUUGAAGAAGUUUUUGAAGAGGAUGAUGUUGUUGAUAGUUUUAGACAGGAAAAGGAAGAUGAAAUCAAUAAAGACAAACCUAAAGACAUUGACUUAAGUUUGCCUGGUUGGGGUCAAUGGGGAGGUAAAGGUGUUAAAGCACCAAAGAGAAAGAAAAAUCGAUUUAUUCUUAAAGCACCACCUUGCACUCUACGCCGUGAUGAAAAUAAAGGUGAUAUUAUAAUUAAAGAAUAUAAAGACCCAAAACUUGCUGUGCACAAAGUUACAGAUCUACCAUUUCCAUUUAAAACUGUUAAAGACUAUGAAGCUUCCCUUAGAGCUCCACUGGGCAAUACUUUUAUCACUGAAAAAGCCCAUAAGAAACUUAUUCAACCUAAUGUUUUGACAAAGGCUGGUACUGUUAUUCAACCAAUGGAUGAAGAUGAAUUACUUCUUCAAAAACAUCAGAAAUUCAAUAAUGAUCCUAUUAUUAAAUUAUUGGGACAGAAAUAAAAUUGAUUUUACAUGUA